UGGCCGCUCGCCCCGAGGGCAAGUGCCGCGGGGGGCUCACGCCGAGCGGGGCGACCACCUUCCCCCUGUCCCCUCUGCCCACGUUCCCCCCGGCAGGUGUAAGGCAGCGACGUCGGCAGGAGCAUGGCCCGUACCAAGCAGACCGCCCGCAAGUCCACCGGUGGCAAGGCGCCCCGCAAGCAGCUCGCCACCAAAGCCGCCCGCAAGAGCGCGCCCUCCACUGGCGGGGGGGGGAGAAUAUGUUUUCAAUGCUAUUUUUUUUCCAUUGUAUUUAAUUGUAAUAGGCCGGGUACUGUGGCUCUGCGUGAAAUCAGGCGCUAUCAAAAGUCCACCGAACUUUUGAUCCGCAAACUCCCCUUCCAGCGUCUGGUGCGUGAAAUUGCUCAGGACUUCAAGACAGAUCUGCGCUUCCAGAGCGCUGCCAUCGGUGCUUUGCAGGAGGCAAGUGAAGCCUACUUGGUUGGCCUGUUUGAAGACACCAACCUGUGUGCUAUCCAUGCCAAACGUGUCACAAUCAUGCCAAAAGAUAUCCAGCUAGCACGCCGCAUACGUGGGGAGCGUGCCUAAAACCUCACCACGAUGGGUUUGUCCUUCUCGAAGCAAAAUCUUCUUCCUGUUAUUGGUAGUAAUGAACGUUAGAUAUUUUUUCCAUGGGGUUAAAAGGUACCUUAAGUAUAUGGUUGCAAGUGGAAAAAUAGGGGACAGAAUUGGGUAUUGGCAAGUUUUCUUUCCAUUUUCAUUUGUGUGUGGAUUUUUAAUAUAAACAAGGGGACAUAAAAACAAACAAUGUGGUAAGAAAAAAAUAAAAACAUUAAUCGUUGAAACUUGUUCACCAAAACAACUUUAUAAAAAAAAUUAUAAAUAAACCUGUCAAAUUUUUCUGGACAAUGCCAGCAUUUGGAUUUUUUUAAACAAGUAAAUUUCUUAUCAAUGGCAACUAAAUGGUGUUUGUAGCAUUUUUAUCAUACAGUAGAUUCCAUCCAUUCACUAUACUUUUCUAACUGAGUUGUCCUACAUGCAAGUACAUGUUUUUAAUGUUGUCUGUCUUCUGUGCUGUUCCUGUAAGUUUGCUAUUAAAAUACAUUAAAUGAUGCCUGG